UGGAAUUAUAAAACACAACCUGAAAAUAGUUCGCAUUGAGAUUUGGUGGUGACGACCAACGCUACGCGACGCGACGGUGACGCGACAAAGCAUUAUGCAGUUUAUUAAUAAAUAGGGUGUCGGUUUAUUAUACUUCAAUGUUUACCUCCUUUUCGAUGAUGCAAGCAAAAGAUAAAAUGACCACCAAUUUCCCUGCCACUGGUCCAGCCCACCACGAAGCGAUUAAGGACCAACAACGGCAACGAAGCGAACUGAAAGAUGACUACGACCACGAAAAUGUCGAAAUUGAAUACGUAAUCGAAAAUGUCCUCUUCGAACGUCAGGAACAGGAACAGCACCAUCAUCAGCAUCAGCACAUGCAACCAUCAUCUGAUACCAUUGAAUAUGUUGAAUAUGAAAGUCUUUCAGAUGCAUACAAUUCGUUUCUCCUGAACUCUUGCUCUUGUGCGAUGACGACGAUGACGAAUAAUACGUCGUCGUCGUCGAGUACAUCAUCAUCUGUAGAAUCGGGAACGUCAGGAGAAAGUGCCUGUGGCACUUACGCAACAUGCCCACAUGGUGGCAAUUACAUUUCAUCACGCACCGAACUUGUCCUUAAUCCAGAACGCCAUAGCAAGGAUCUCAUAUAUGAGUGUUCGGUUUCUUGUAAAUGUGAUCCGGCUUCCUGUGACAACCGGCUUGUCCAGUUCGGGCCUCGUGUGGGCUUAGAGAUAAUUGCCUCGAAACUGCUGCAUAAACAAUAUGCCUUGCGAACCAAUGCUCCCAUUCCACGUGGAGCGUUUAUUUGUGAGUAUGCUGGUGAGUUACUUACUCGAACAGAAGCCCAACGAAGAAUGAAGGACUACGAACGUCGCCGUCGUCGGGUGGAGCACGGAGGAGUCGUCGAUGUUUCAGAACCGAUGGAUUGCAAUAAAAUGAAUUAUGUUCUCUGUCUGAAUGAAUAUUCAUUAGAUGGUGAAAAUGCAUCAACCUCUACCUCUACCUCCACCUCCAGUGCGACUACAAGGACCAAGUCCUUGCAACAGACGUUUGUUGAUCCACGUCUCCGAGGAAAUAUCGGAAGGUAUCUGAAUCACAGUUGCCAACCAAAUUGUGAGAUAUUAAGCGUCCGCGUGGAUUGCCCGAUACCAAAAAUAGCAAUUUUUGCCAAACGAGAUAUCCAAGCCGGAGAAGAGCUUUGCUUUCAUUAUGGCAAUGGUGGAGGUGGGGGCUUGAACGUUGAUAGAGGUGGCGUCGGCGUCGGUGGCGGUGGUGUGCAUCAAAGUAAAAACGAUGCAAAUGCUAUGCAAGUAAAUAAGUCGACUCCUUGCCUCUGUGGAUCUAACAAUUGCGAAAAUUUUCUGCCGAAUUUGGAAUUCUGACAUUUUGAAAAGUGAGUUUUUGAAAUAAUUAAGCAGGAACCAGGACAACGAAGACGGCGGCGCGGCCUGUUGAUGUUGCCGACGAAGGGAACGAGGAAAUUAUGUGAUGGAUGCAUUUUCGUUAAAUUAAAGAAAAGUUUGCUCAUCUCAUCAACGCGGCUCACGGUCGCGGCGGAAUUUAAAAGUACACGGAUUUUUCAUUUGAAAUUGUAAACAAAAUUUGUGAAGUAUUUAAACGUUUUAUUUUUUCAAUUUUUAUUUUUUGUAUAAUAAAAUGGAAAGAA